UGUCUUUUGUCUUUUCUCGUACACGUGCGAAGGAUUGUUACCUGUGUUGGUGUGGAAGGUUAGAGAAGAAGUUAGGCAAGCAUCAUCAACUACCUCAGUUUCUCCGCUGUGCCAAUUGAAUUGCUCUGCAACUUAAUUUCAUCACAUCCACAUGGCAGCAACAUCAGGGAAGAUUGUCCAAAAUGUUUUUACCUCACAAUGCUGCCAACAGAAUAGACAGUCGAGUCGAAGGGACUAUUGUGCCCCUUAUAUGCGCAACUCGCUUCCCUCUCCUUCAGGGAAGUUGACAUGGACUGGUAUCUCUUCCAUGCAAUUGCGCACAUUGUCGAAACCCCGGAAUGAUAUCACUAUCCAGAGAAAUAUUCUCUGCAAUGCUUCUGCAUCUUCUACUGUAGUGCCAUAUCUUGACAACACUGACUUUCAAAAGCUUCAAAAUGGCAGUGACAUACGUGGUGUGGCUCUUGAUGGUGUCGAGGGAGAGGGGGUUAACCUCACUGAACCUGUUGCUGAAGCAAUAGGAGCUGCUUUCGCUGGAUGGUUAGUGGAGAAAAAGAAAGCAGAUGCUUCUCAGCAUUUGAGAGUUUCUAUUGGCCAUGAUUCCCGGAUAUCAGCCAAAUUGCUACAGAAUGCGAUAUCUCGAGGUCUUGCUGGUGCCGGCCUAGAAGUUGUCCACUAUGGAUUAGCAUCAACGCCAGCUAUGUUCAAUAGCACACUCACAAAGGAUGAAGCAUUUUUAUGUCCUGUUGACGGGUCUAUUAUGAUAACAGCAAGUCAUCUGCCUUUCAACAGAAAUGGAUUCAAAUUUUUCACCAAUGCUGGUGGUCUUGGAAAGCCUGACAUCAAAGAUAUCUUAGAGCGAGCUGCAAACAUAUACAAUCAAUUUACAGAUGAAAGUUUGAAAAAUUCUGAGAUAAUGGCUUCAUUAUCUAUUAAAAUAGUUGAUUACAUGACUGUGUAUACAUCUGAUCUAGUAAAAGCAGUUCGCAAAGCAGCUGGAAACAUAGAGAAACCAUUGGAGGGUUUCCAUAUAGUUGUUGAUGCAGGGAAUGGAGCAGGUGGUUUUUUUGCCGCAAAGGUGCUGGAACCUCUUGGGGCAAUAACUUCUGGUAGUCAAUUUUUGGAGCCUGAUGGCUUGUUUCCAAACCAUAUCCCUAAUCCUGAGGACAAGACAGCAAUGAAAGCUAUAACCAAGGCAGUCCUUGAUAACAAAGCUGAUCUUGGAAUUAUCUUUGAUACUGAUGUGGACAGAUCUGCUGCUGUGGAUUCCACUGGCCGUGAAUUCAACCGGAAUCGUUUGAUUGCCUUGAUGGCAGCUAUUGUUCUUGAAGAACAUCCUGGAACAACUAUUGUCACAGACAGUGUGACUUCGGAUGGCCUUACCACAUUUAUCGAAAAGAAACUUGGUGGCAAACAUCAUCGGUUCAAGAGAGGCUACAAAAAUGUGAUUGAUGAAGCUAUUCGUUUGAACUCUAUUGGGGAGGAGUCUCAUCUGGCAAUUGAAACCAGUGGGCAUGGAGCUCUUAAGGAGAACAAUUGGCUUGAUGAUGGUGCAUACCUAAUGGUCAAGAUCUUAAAUAAACUUGCUUCUGCAAGAGCUUCUGGUGUGGGUGGAGGAAGCAAUGUUUUGACUGGUCUAAUAGAAGGACUCCAGGAGCCAGCUUUUGCUGCAGAACUGAGAUUAAAGAUAAACCAGAACCAUCCAGACCUUAAAGGAGGAUCUUUUCGGGAAUAUGGAGAAACUGUUCUGAAACAUUUGGAGAACUCUAUUAGCUCUGAUCCAAACCUGCAAAAGGCUCCUGUGAAUUAUGAAGGGAUCAGAGUUUCUGGCUAUGGUGGGUGGUUCCUUCUUAGAUUAUCACUCCAUGAUCCUGUACUUCCUCUUAACAUUGAGGCAUCUAAUAACGACGAUGCUGUCAAGCUUGGACUUGUUGUGCUUGCAGCUGUAAAGGAGUUUGCAGGUUUAGACACAUCAGCCUUGAACAAAUUUGUUGGAUCAUAAUUUGAUGCUUUCGCUUCUAUUUCUGCAUUAUACAAAGAGGUUCUAUUAACAUAGCAGCAGCGGGUUGAGGUGAAUUAAAGGUUUAGAAUCUUGAUUAUGUGAUACAAAAACUAUAUGGCUGUUCAAGAGUGAGAUCAUUUGUUAAGGAUUAGAUAUAUCCGAGGUUUCUGAGAUGGAAGUUAGUGAUACAUCCUAUUUUGAGAGUAGCGUCGUCUCUAUUUGUGGUGUAAUUUUGUAACGUUGAUGUUCUUUGACUUGGCUAUUAUCGACUUUAUAUACGCGUUUGAACUUGAAGGCUCAGCUGACCGGAUGUGGGUUUUUAUUUGCACAAAGAAUCAUCUAUUGGUUUUCAAUAUCUUUGUCUUGACAAGAAAAAAAAUAAAAUUGGAAUUAUAAGCCCUACUACCGUGAAGUUCAACCCAAUAUCAGAGGAACUCGUGAUAUAUUGGUAGGGAGUAGAGUGUAUUCUUUGCAAACUUUUUGGGUAGGAGUUAAGUAUUUUGCAAAUUACAGUGGCUCAGCAAUUCUAACUUACGAUUUGUUGUUUAUGUGCACUCACUCAGGUAUAAAGGGAAAUGAAGAAAAAAGUUUUAUAUUUACA